AUGUCGUCCGGGGACGGGCGCGCGCGCGUCAGCGCGCGCGUCCGCGCGCUGACGCGACGGGAGAAAAACCGCGGCGCGACGACGAGCCACCUUCGACGCGUCGGCGCGUGCGGCGUCGCCGUCCUGGACGACGGCCACGAGCUCUCGUUCGCGCUCGACCGCGCGCACUGGGACGACGCCGGCGCGGCGUCGUCCUCGCACGCGUCGAUAUUCCACGACAUCGGCGCGCCCGCGCUGGAGGACGCGUGGCGAGGCGUCAACGUCGGCGUGUGCGUCGUCGGAUCCCCGGGCGCGGGCCGCGCGGACGCGCUUCUCGGGACCGCGCCCGCGCCGGGGGCGAGGCAGACGCGCUCUGCGGACGACGACUCCGCUACUAGGGCGCUCGUGUCGCGGUUCGGCGACGCGCUGUUCGAGAAGAUAGAGCGGGACACCACCGAGGGCGCGCACGUCACGGUCGAGGCGUUCGCGAUCCACCGCGAGCGCGUCUUCGAUCGGUUGACGACGACGACGACGACGACGACGACGACGACGAGACCGACCACCGCGCCCGCGACCGCGGACGACGACGCGAAUGGAAGCGCGUCUUCGGGGUUCCGAUUGGAGGUGGACGCCCACGGGCACCCUCGCGCGCGCGGGGUGACGACGCGGCACGUCGCGAACGCGACAGAGCUCGACCGCGCCGUGGCCGAGGCGGCGAAGAUGCGCGCGGGAGACCCCAACGCGAACGCGGCACACUUCGUGAUUCGCGUCUGCGUGCGCCGGUACAAGCCGAGCCACGCGCGAAGCGACCGCGACCGACCGAAGAGCCGCUCGAACGCCGCCGCAUACGACGCGAGGACGGACGCGGCGAGGACGGACGCGAAGCCUUCGAACACGGUGUCCGUCGUCACCUUCGCGGAGCUCGCCGGGUUCGAACGCGUCCUCCCGGAGCGUUCCGACGAGCGGUGGAAGCGCAAGCGCGACCGCCGCGGCGACGACGACGGCUCGCUGCGGAGGUCGCAGCGGCAGCUCGAGAUUGCGCUGCUCAAGCUCGCGGCGGGGAGUGGGAGUGGGAGUGGGAGUGGGACGGGCGGGUCCCAGGACGGCGGCGGCGCGAGAGAGCCGGAGGGCUCAGGGACGUCGAGAGGGAGCAAAAGGACGGCGCGCGGCGCCGCGUUGACGACGUUACUGCGGAGCGAGCUCGGCGGCGGGGGGAAACUCUACGCGCUCGCGGUCGUCUCGCCGACGGCGGAGGACCGCUCUGAGACGAUCGCGACGCUUCGCAUCGCGCGCGCGUUUCGAAACGCGCGAACCGGCCCCGUCGUGAUCAACGUCGACCCGGACGCCGCGGCGCCGGCGGCGUUGAAAAGCGCGGCGCGCGAGCUGAACGACGACGCGCGGCGGUUGCAGCGAGACCUCGCGAUGGCGCGCGUGAAACGCGGGAGUCACGGCGGGAGUCACGGGAAUCACGCCGCCUCUCAGGACAACGACGGAACGCGCUCGUCCCCGGUCAGCGGCAAAGCGCAGCUCGCGCUCAGAAAGGAGAUACGAGACGUCCGCGAGCGCGUCGACGCGAUGGAGAAGCGGCGCGCGGCGGCGGAGAGCGACUGGCUCGCGAAAGUCAGGGCGUACGAACGCGCCGCCGCCGGGCACGCGUUCCCCGCGGCGUCAUCCGCGGCGGAGCGCAAAGCCGCCGCGGAACUCCGCGGCGGCGGCGGGAAGUCGCGCGCGCCGCGGCUGUUGCGGCUCCUCCCGGACCCCUCGCUGACUUGCCGCGACUUUUUCGUCGUCAAGCCGGGACUCACAAAGGUUGGCUCCGACGCGACGACGUCCGACGUCGUCGUCGAGGGCGUCGGCGUCCUUCCAUCGCACGCCGAGCUCAUUUCCAGGCUCGGACACGGCAUCGUGGAGAUCAGGCCGCACAGCGCGAUCGCGGACGUGUACGUCAACGGCGAGCGCGUGCCCAAGGGGGACGCCGCGCGGUUGACGCACGGGGACCGCGUCGCGAUGGCGCGCGCGAGCGGGUGCGCCAUCUUUAGGUACCACGACCCGGCCGCGGCGAACGAAAAACGUGGAUGGCCCGCGGACUGGGCGUCCGCGCAAGAGGAGCUUCGCAUCGCGGGUCUGAGCCUGUUGAUGUCCUCCGCGCCGGCGCCGCCGCGGCGGUUCCGCGACGGCAGCGAGCUCAUCGAGGCGCGGUCCACCGGCGGUAAAAGUAAAAGCGGCGGCGAGAAGCAUAACGACUCGGACUCCGCGGAGCGUCUGCGGCGGUGGCGCGCCGCGAUCGGCGCCGAGGCACUGCGCCUCUUGUGCGGCGUCGACGAAGCGAACGCGCUCGCGCGGUCCAUCGGCGCGCGCGCGCGGUUCGCGGCGCGAUGGGCGCGGCCGGACGCGUCCGUCGCGUGGAACUCGUCCUCCGUCCUCCUCGAGGUGAUCCUCGUCUUGACGACAAAGGCCGACGAGGACGGGGAGUCGCGCGACGCCGACGCGUCCGUCUCCGGCGUCGCCGCCGCGGGCGCGCCGCACGUCGGCGCGUUCACCCCGACGGAGUUUUACGACCGGCUCGUCGUCUUGCGCGACGCGCGCGACGCGUACGCGAGGAACGGCGACGACGCGUGGGUCCUCGGCGCCGUCGCACGCGCGUGUCGAGACGGCGACGUGCGCGAGGACCCGUUUUAUGUCGUCGGACGGAGGAGCGAGUACGGCGCGGACGAGAUCUCGACGCGUUUGGAGGACGUGUGCGACGCCGCGAGGGACGCGUGCGCCGCGAUGCGACGCGCGAUGCCGGACGGAGACGGAGACGGAGACGGAGACGGGGACGGGGACGGGGAAGCGAACGACGACGACGACGACGACGACGACGACAAGGAGAACGCGAGCCUGGCGGGUAACGAGGAGGCGCGGACGCCGACGCAGACGCCGCCGCGCGAGAAGAAGACCCCGCCGCGCGAGAAGGAGACCCCGCCGCCGAACACGGCGUCCGCGUCGGAGGUGAAGCUGUUGGGCGCGACGACGCCGCCGCCGACGACGACGACGCCCGCGACGCGACGCUCGCGCGACGGGGGACGCGCGAGCGCGACCGACCAGGCUGUCUUGACGGACGCGCUGAAGCGCGCGGCGGAGGCGGAGAGCGCGCUGGUGGACAUGACGCGGCGCGUGGAGGAGCUCGAAGAGGCGUCGUCGAGCGUGAAGCGGCGGCUACACGACUCGGACGACGACGACGACGACGACGAAAAAGACGAAAAAGAAACCGCCGCCGCGGACGCGACGGCGAUGCUGAACAAAGCCCUGAAGGUCGCGGAGGAGCUUCGCGCGCGCGUCGCGGACGCGGAGAAGCGCGCGAUCGACGCGGAGUUAGCCGCGGAGGCGGCGCGGCAGAGCUCGAAGGAAGCGAAAGCGAAGUACAAGGCGCGGAUGAUGGACAAAAUCGCCGCGGUGGAGGAGCGCGCGCGUCAAGCCGAGGCCAACGCGCGCGCGAUGAUCGAAGAGAGCCGACUUCUCGUGAACGAGGCGAACACGAAGGCGGCGAACGCGGUCGAGCGCGCGAGGGAGGCGGUGAGGCGCGAACCGCCGAUCAUUCUGGCGCGCGCGCCGUCGUCGCCGCCGUCGUCGCGGUCGUCGUCGCGGUCGAGUUCGCCGCCGCCGCCGCCGUCGCGCGACGCCGACGCGGGCGACGCGCCGGUAGACCCGGCGACGACGCAGACGAUGUUCAUGGAGCGCGGGAUGUGGGACACGGACGACAGCGGCAGCGGCUCGGACGACGCGAACGGCGAUCGCGGCUCGGACAGCGGGAAUUUGUACUACCCGGACGACGAGGCGCCCGUGCCGUCGACGCCGCCGCCGCCGGGGAUACCGAAGCUCGACCUGUCCACGGUGGAAGUCGGCCCGAACAAGUACGGCCCUCGCGCGAUCGACCUCGUCGAUCGACCCCAACUCGAACCGUCGCCGCCGGAGUCGCCGCCGGUGCCGCCGCCGCGGUCGUUCUCCCCGCACCCGGCCCUACCGCCGAUCAAGACGAUCGCGAGCGGGGAAUUCAACGCGAUCAACGCGAUCGACGCGUCCGCGCCGCCGCGGCCGACGCUCGAUUUGUCGUCGCUUCGCGCGGCGACGCCGGCGCGCACCCCGGGCGUGGGGAGAACGAUCGCGGACGCGACCCCGCCGCCCGAGCCGGUCUCGAGGCCGCGCGAGAGCGCGUCGCGCGUGAAGUUCGACGACGUCGACCUCGAGCGCGGGCCCUCGAGGCUGUCCGCGCUCGGGGACGCGCUCGCGGACGCGACGCCGCCGCCGGGCGAAGAACGUUCGCCGCCUAUUCCGCCGCCGCCGGAGCCGGGGUCUACGGCGUACAUCAAAGCGAACCGCCCGCCGGAGCCGGGGUCGACGGCGUACAUACGCGCGCAACGCGCCGCGGCGGAAUCGCGAUCGGCGCGCGACGACGUCUCCGCGUCGUCCGCGGGGUACUCCGCGAGGACGGAGGAGGAGGAGGAGGAGGAGGAUGUCGGGAAGAGUCUCAGCGCGGAGCCGUCCGUGAGGGCGCUUCGCGCGAUGGGGUCGAAGAAGCGCAUCGGACGGAGCGACACGCCGCACCCGGGGAGCAAGUACGCCAUCGGCGCGGGGAGGGACCUGUCGAAACAGACGAGGGGGGAGCGACGGCCGAUCGAGGGGAGGAAGAAGAAGAAGAAGAAGAGCACGUGCGUCGUGAUGUGA